GCCUGGUGUGCGGCAAAGAUGUCGUCUGCUGCAGUUCCUCGCCGUCGCCUGUAGAAAUCAAAAACCUACAUCACACACGCCUUCUCUCUUUCCUUCACCGGACUACGGUUGGAUUUUUUAGACAUGGGUCUGCGGGAUACCUUCAGACUGCGCCCGGACAGUCCGUCGCGCGUGGGCAACAGCAGCAUAGAGCUGCAGAACAGAGCCACACCGCGGAGUGGAGCCAGCUGCCACCAUCACAAUCAGGUUGGAGCUGUCCAGGUCACCGAGCAAUCACUGCAGGUGUGGCGCGCCCUGCCCGCGGAGAUUCGCCAUGAUCCCAGCAUGGCCAGCUUUAAAAUGGAGAACGAACGCAUUCACGGCUCCUCUGGAGGUGCGAGCGAUGACGACCCUGAUGAUGGUGGGGACUAUAAUGACGCAGAUGUGGGUGACCGUAUUCAGGAUGAGCCCGGUUCCAGCUUUGCUGGCUCAGAUUUUCUCGAUAUCAAGACCAAGCCGGGACAAGAGGAAAAUCACACAGAUGAUGAGGCAACGACAACGCACUCGGAUCACGAUCCGGCCAAUGGUCCGGGCAAUGCCAAAUCCAUGGCCCGCCGCCUUCACCACAAAUCCACGCGCUCCAAGGAGCAGCGCCAGUGGGACAAGCUGUGGAAGCGUCUGGGACUGCUCCUCUUCUGGCUGCUGGCCGCCGUCGUGCUCAUCUCUGUGGGGGAGAAACACCUGCUGGAGAAGACCAUCGAUGUGCCGCAGGGCGAUCAAGGGAAAAUUUUCACUUUGGUGCAAAAACCAACUGGCGAUUUUCGUCUGACGAUCCAGGGCGCCUUCGAGGAACUGUCACCGACGGACAAUGAGAACGAAACCAUUAGCUAUAGCUAUCUGUUUGUGCAGCCGCAGGUGUCCGCUUACAUUGGCGAUAAUCGCACUACAAAGGUGUUCCAGAACACUUUGCAGGCCUGGCAGCUACCUUUACUGCCUGAUGAUCAGCUGGAACGUGCUCCGUCUGUGUCCAGGAAUCGUACGUACCAAAUGAGCUCCGAACUGAGCGAUCUUCUGGCCCAGCCGAAGAGUGAGAUGCGUUUGCACAUCUACAGCGAUGCAGCCACAGAUCUGGCGGUUAUACUAAGCUAUAAUCCCUUGAUAGUCAACGCUCGAAUAGGCAGCAUUCUGGCUGGUCUUAUACUCCUGAUCUUCUAUGCUCUGUUGGUGUGGGAGCUGUUCGAGCGACCCUUCAUAGCCAUGGUCUGUUCGAUUCUAUCGGUCACGGCUCUGGCCUGCUUUAAUGAUCGCCCAAACAUGGAUGAGAUCAUCCAGUGGAUGGACAUGGAGCUGCUCACUCUCCUGUUCUGCAUGAUGCUGCUCAUCCUGAUACUCACAGAAACGGGGGUGUUUGAUUAUCUGGCCGUGUUCUGUUUUGAGAUAUCGGGUGGCAAGAUUUGGCCCAUGAUCUACAGUCUUUGUUUGGUGACCUGCCUGGUGUCCAGUGUGCUGGACAACAUGACCACUGUCCUUUUGCUUACACCAGUGGCCAUUCGCCUGUGCGAGGUGAUGCAGCUGGAUCCGCUUCCGGUCGUGAUGGGCAUCAUUGUGCAUGCGAAUAUUGGUGGGGCCCUCACACCCAUUGGGGAUCCCAUCAGCAUUAUUGUCAGCACCAACCACUACAUUGUGGAGAAUGAUGUGACUUUCCUUACCUUUGUGGCGCACACCUUUCCGGGCGUCCUGCUGGCCGUGAUCCAAAGCUGUGUCUAUCUUCGCCUCUUUUACCACAACAUCGACGCCCUUCGCCUGAACGAACCUAAGGAGAUGCGCGAACUGCGACGCGAGAUCAAGGUCUGGCAGCGAGCUCUCAAUGCCGUGGGCUCCUGCUCCAAGGAUGCGCAGCUGGUGCGCGGCACCCUCCAGGGAAAAGUGAAGCAACUAAAGCGGACGCUGAGACGGCUGCAACGUGGAGUCGGUUCCACAGAGGUCUAUGCCAACACCCUGGAUGAGCUUAAGCAGAAGUACCCCAUCAAGAACAAGACGCUUCUGCUGCAGUCCGCUGGUGCUUUGAUCUUUGUCAUCGUCUGCUUUUUCAUACAGUCGGUGCCUCAUUGGAGGACUCUGCCCCUGGGCUGGGUAGCUCUACUAGGUGUCAUUCUGCUACUGAUCAUCCUCAAUCGCGACGACAUGGAGCAUCUGAUGCACCGCAUCGAAUGGACCACACUACUCUUUUUCGCUGCCAUGUUCGUGAUGAUGGAGUGCGUGGAGCGACUGGGCCUCUUCGCCAGCAUCGGCGAGCUCACCGAGCACGUCAUCCUCUCGGUGGACAAGCGACAUCGCCUGGCUAUGGCCAUCUUCAUAAUACUGUGGGCCUCGGCCCUAGCCUCGGCCAUUCUAGACAGCAUCCCAGUCACGGCAAUGAUGGUCAAGCUUGUUACCUCGCUGGUUUCCAAGCCUUCGAUCUGCCUGCCGCUCCAGCCCCUAGUCUGGGCAUUGACCCUGGGUGCCUCUCUGGGCGGCAACGGCACCCUUUACGGGGCCUCGGCCAAUGUAAUUGCCGCGGGGAUAGCCGAACAGCACGGCUAUAAGCUUUCGUUCACGCGAUACCUGAGGACCGUAUUCCCCAUGAUGAUGGGACAGAUCACCCUGAUGACAGUCUACCUUCUGGUGGCCCACAUUGUAUUUGGCUGGCAUUGAACAACAUAUGACAUAAAUGGCUAUUUAUUAAUAAUAA